AUCUCUCUCUCCUCCGCCGCCUCCUCCUCUCGCUUCCGCUUCUCACCGGUCGCCGCCGCACGAACCCACGCGGCAGGCCCAAACCCUACGAGUCACCCGUCGCCAUGUCGGCCUCGGCCGCGGCCGGGGCGGUCUCCCUCGUCGCCACCUCCGCGUCGCUGUCCGUGCCCGACCACCUCCGCCUACGCCGCUUCCGCCUCCACCCGCGCCCGCCGCCAACGGCGCAGCCGACGCAGCUCCUGCGGGGCGACCGCCACCGCCGCCGCAGCCGCUUCGUUCUCGCCGUCCUGCAGGAGGACCGCGCCGCCUCCGCCUCGCCGGAGGAGGAGGCGAGGAGGUACGGGCUCAACGGGAGCGCGAGCGGGGUCGGGUACGACGAUGCCGCCGUGGAGGCGUACCUCGGGUCCAACGGCAACGGGAGAGGGAACGGUGCGGCGAUGAAGCCGCCCGCGGAGUCACAGACCAGCGCCGUGCUGGUCUCCGCCUCCGCGGCGCCGGGGGAUGAUGAGAGGAGGAGGAAAGAGCGGGUGGAGGAGAUCGGCAGGGAGGACGCUUGGUUCAAGCAGGGCGGCGGGGAGUCCAUGCCCGAGGUGUCCGUUGCUCCUGGUGGUCGCUGGAAUCGGUUUAAAACCUAUUCGACAAUUCAAAGGACGUUGGAAAUAUGGGGCUUUGUUUUUAAGUUUAUAUUCAGAGCUUGGCUCAAUAACCAGAAGUUCACUUAUCGAGGAGGGAUGACGGAAGAGAAAAGGGUACUGAGGAGGAAAGUUCUCGCCAAGUGGCUUAAGGAGAGUAUUUUGAGAUUAGGUCCCACAUUUAUCAAAAUUGGGCAGCAGUUCUCCACCAGAGUGGACAUUCUUCCACAGGAAUAUGUGGAUCAGUUAUCUGAAUUACAGGACCAAGUUCCUCCAUUUCCUUCAGAGACAGCGGUGUCAAUUAUUGAGGAAGAGCUAGGGGCAUCUGUGAAUAAGAUUUUUGAUCGAUUUGACUUUGAACCAAUAGCUGCUGCUAGCCUCGGCCAGGUUCAUCGGGCAUGCUUGAAUGGGAAAGAAGUUGUCAUCAAAGUACAAAGGCCUGGUCUGAAGGACCUUUUUGAUAUUGAUCUGAAGAACUUAAGAGUAAUAGCAGAAUACCUUCAGAAAGUGGACCCAAAGUCAGAUGGUGCCAAGAGGGACUGGGUUGCCAUCUAUGACGAGUGUGCAUCUGUUUUGUAUCAGGAAAUAGACUAUACAAAGGAAGCAUUUAAUGCUGAAAAAUUUUCUGAAAACUUCAAAAAUAUGGAUUAUGUUAAGGUUCCAGAGAUUUUGUGGGAGUACACUACACCUCAGGUUUUAACAAUGGAAUACGUCCCAGGAAUCAAAAUAAAUAGGAUAAAGCAACUAGAUAAAUUAGGAGUUGAUCGGAAAAGGUUGGGUCGGUAUGCUGUUGAGUCCUACCUGGAGCAGAUCCUAUCUCAUGGAUUUUUCCAUGCUGAUCCGCAUCCAGGAAAUAUUGCUGUUGAUGAUGUCAACGGUGGGAGGCUUAUCUUCUAUGACUUUGGAAUGAUGGGAAGUAUUAGUUCAAAUAUCCGGGAAGGGUUGCUUGAAGCUUUCUAUGGAGUUUAUGAAAAAGAUCCUGAUAGAGUGCUUCAAUCAAUGAUACAAAUGGGUGUCCUUGUUCCUACUGGGGAUAUGACGGCCGUCAGAAGAACAGCUCAAUUUUUCCUUGAUAGCUUCGAAGAGCGUCUGGCAGCACAAAGGAAAGAAAGAGAGAUGGCGACUGAACAACUUGGAUUUAAGAAGCAGUUGACUAAGGAGGAGAAGUUUGAAAAGAAGAAGCAAAGGCUUGCUGCUAUCGGAGAGGAUCUUUUGGCAAUAGCUGCUGAUCAACCAUUUCGAUUUCCUGCCACCUUCACUUUUGUGGUCAGAGCAUUCUCAGUACUAGAUGGUAUCGGGAAGGGCCUUGAUCCUAGAUUUGAUAUCACAGAGAUUGCUAAACCAUAUGCCAUGGAGUUGCUAAAAUUUAAUGAAGCUGGAGUUGAAGUAAUUGUCAAGGAUGCGAAGAAGAGAUGGGAAAGGCAGUCCCGUGCAUUCUAUAAUUUAUUUCGCCAGCCUGACCGAGUUGAAAAGCUUGCGCAAAUCAUUGAGCGUUUGGAGCAAGGUGAUCUCAAGCUUCGUGUCAGAACAUUGGAGUCAGAAAGAGCAUUCAAAAGAGUUGCAGCUGUACAGAAAACAAUUGGAUAUGGAGUUGCUGCAGGUAGUUUGGUAAACCUCGCUACCGUUCUCUACCUCAAUUCAAUCCGGUUUCCAGCGACCAUAGCAUACUCUCUCUGCGCGUUCUUCGGCCUGCAAGUCCUGGUCGGCCUUAUCAAGGUCAAGAAGUUGGAUCAACAGGAGAGAUUGAUAACCGGCACUGCUUGAGUUUAGACAAAACUGGUGAGAGCUGACCCGUGAUUUUUUGGUGUCAUCCACAGCGGCUAUAUAUAUAUAUAUAUAUAUUCCCCGUUUUCUUUGUGUCCAAAUUUUAGCCCCUCCCUCACGUUGUAGCAUAGCCAUCCGUGUACAAUAAUUGUAUGUAUAUGUAGAUGCGGUUAAUAGAUGCAAAUGUACAUACAUAUAGUGUACAAUAGACAUUCACUGAGGUGUCAAGCUGCUUUUGUGGCUGUAAUUCAAUCUUCAAUCUCUC